AUGAAGCCUGAUUGGAAUCUCCUUUUUUUCAUUUUCAGUGCUGUUGAGGUCACUCUCCCUAUGGAAUAUUGUCCAGGUCAUUGCCAGUGUGACUGGGAUGUCUACAGUGUGUCAUGUUAUGGACCUGAGGUCGUGCCUGUUUUUCAUCCCAGCACACAGGAGGUGUGGCUUGUGGGGACAAAACUUUCUUCUAUUCCUCAAGAUGCAUUUGCCAACUUGGCCAACAUUUCUCACAUAUACAUCUCUGAUGAUGACAAAAUAAGAUAUCUUGAGAGGCAUUCUUUCCACAACCUAUCCAGAGUCAACCACAUACAACUAACUGGAAUGCGAACACUGUCAUACAUUGACCAAGAGGCAUUUAAAGAUCUUCCUAAUUUAAAGUACCUUGGGAUCACCAACACAGGUCUCACCUCCUUCCCUGUGCUACAGCAUAUUCAUUCCAGCCAAGAAGAUUUCAUUUUGGAGAUAGUGGAGAAUGUUUUCAUACAGGUUAUACCUGCUAAUUCAUUCACUGGAAUAUCUGAGAAUGCUCUGACCAUCCUGCUGAACAGCAAUGGUGUGAAAGAGAUCCAGCGCUAUGCCUUCAAUGGGAGCAGACUGGAAGAAGUGUAUCUUCAUAGGAAUGUGGAUUUGAAACGAGUAGAUGAAUUUGCAUUUUAUGGAGUAAUUCACGGCCCAACGCACUUAGACCUUUCAGAGACCAAAAUUAGCUGUUUGCCUUCAAUAGGUAUGGAGAACAUUGAAAAGCUCCAAGCUAAAAACACUUGGGCGCUAAAAGUUUUGCCCCCUCUUAGAGUCUUUCUCCAUUUACAGAGCGCUGAGUUGACCUUCCCUAGCCAAUGUUGUGGUUUCAAAAAGUUGAAAAGAUGGAGAGGGGACACUGAAGCAGUUAUUUGCAACCUGACCCAGACUGCUUUGGGAAAGCUGCAGGAAUCCUCUGUGGGACACAAAACUUACCAAAAUCUGAAAGACAGCUUUGGUCUCCCAACUGCCGACUGCAGAAAGCACAGUCAUUACAUCACCAGCCCCAUCUGCCCUACUCGGCAGUCUGAAUCUGAGGAUAUGUUGUAUGUGGAGUUACCUACAGAGCAUCUUCAUGAAGGUUUUGACUUUGCACUGUGUGAUGAUCUUCACACAGAUGAUCAUGGAUUCCUGUGCACCCCCCUACCUGAUGCAUUGAACCCCUGUGAGGAUGUGAUGAGUCACGGCUUCCUGAGGGUGUUGGUCUGGGUGGUCAGCCUGUUGGCUAUUUCAGCCAACCUCCUGGUGAUGUUCAUCCUCCUGACCAGCCGACAGAAGUUGUCCGUUACUCGUCUCCUCAUGGGUCACCUGGCAUUUGCAGACUUUUGUAUGGGGAUAUACUUACUGCUCAUUGCAUCUGUCGACCUUUACACACGCUCCCAUUAUUAUCACUAUGCUAUUGCCUGGCAAACAGGAGAGGCCUGCAGUCUAGCAGGGACAUUAUCAGUGUUUGCCAGCGAGCUAUCUGUGUACACAUUGACUUUAAUCAGCCUUCAGCGCUGGCAUGCCAUCUUUUAUGCAAUGAGGCCGGACAGAAAAAUGAGGUUACGCCAUGCAGCUGUGCUGAUGCUGAUUGGCUGGAUGCUGUGUCUGACCCUAGCACUGCUGCCAGUGGUUGGUGUGAGCAGUUACCAGAAAGUGAGCAUCUGCUUACCGAUAUACACAGAGACAAUUGCUUCUCGGACCUAUGUGGUCUCUGUGCUGAUGAUUAAUGUCAUUGCUUUUAUAGUGGUAUGUUUAUGUUACCUCCACAUUUACUGUAUGGUGCACAAUCCUCAGCACCAGUCGAGCAGAUGUGAUACCAGUAUGGCCAAACGCAUGGGUGUUCUCAUAUUCACUAACUUUCUGUGCCUGGCUCCGAUAUGCUUCUAUGGCUUGACUGCGGCUCUCCACCAACCAUUGAUGACCAUCACUGAUUCCAAGGUGCUGCUGGUGCUUUUCUAUCCUCUCAACUCCUGUGCACACCCAUUCUUUUAUGCUCUCCUGACAAAGGCAUUUCACCGAGACAUACUGAUGUUGCUGAGCCGGAUGGGGCUGUGCCAACGGCAAGCUCAUCUCUAUCGAAGCCAACUUGUCAGUAUCACCCCCACAUAUACAGAGACACACUGUCUGCCCCACAGUCCAGCCCUCACAUCCCAAAACGUUCAAGACCAGGAAUCACCAGGUUACACGAUGGCCCGAAAUUGCCUCUGA